GACACUGAUGAUAGGCUAUGCGGAAGCUCGAACAGGAAGGUCAGCUAAAAGAGGGGGGAAAAAAGUUGUAAAAUCUAGACAGCUAGCGACACACCUGGAUUUAAUAACAGAAGACAAAGGAAAUACAGCAGUUGCGAUAACAGUUAAAAGAAACCAGCGACUUUUCCAUAUGAGGUAAAGAAAAAAAAAUGGGGCGGCGUUUAACCACCGAAACCGACUGACCCACGGCGUGAACGUACCGUGGAAACGUGGUGGGGUGUGUGCAGACCUGCUAACGUUACUGUAGGUGACAACCAGAGGCUUUAUUGAUCGCUCAAACCCCCGGAGGUGGAGAUAAAUCCACAAAAUGGAGAACUCCAACAGCAGCAAGCCUUUUGUAGUGACAUCAUCUCUGAACUUCAAAGUCACCACUCCGUCUUUCUACAACCAGCCAAAGAAGUUUGCUUCUGUGGCUCCGCCGAGGCCCAAAAGUCAGACCCCUCCCUUAGCUCCAUCACCCACACCCCUAGGGACAGCUGUCAUUGGUCGGGUCGGAGACAUGCCUCCACCGCCUUCAAUUCCAUGUGAAGAUUUCCCACCCCCUCCUCCUCCUCCUCCAGUGGAUGAUGAUCUGCCAGCCCCUCCCCCUGAAUGCAACAUUCCUCCUCCUGGCUCUGAUGCUCCUGCUUUUCCUGCUCCGCCUCCGGUGGCUGAUGACCUCCCCCUCCCAGCUCCCCCUGAGGAGGCUGUCGCUCCACCCAGCUGUCCUUCUCCCACUCCUCCUCCACCACCUCCACCUCUUCCUGCCUCCACUUCCAGUUUUCCUAACGCUGCUGGAAACUCACAGAGACAAAUGGAAAAGCAGACAAGUUUUGACAAACAGCUUGAUUCUUUGACUGAUUUGUUGUCUGAGAUGGAAACCAGAGGACCAUUCAAUCCCAAGGUACCAAGCCAGUAUUCAUCUGCACCACCACCCAAGCCUUCAGGUCCUCCUCCCACUGCUCCUAAACCGGCCCUUUCCUUCCUUCCGCCCCCUGAGAUGGGAGACCGCCCCCCUCCUGCUCCCUGGGCCGAGGAACUCAAAGCCAGAACCAACCCUGGCGCUCAGCCGUUCACCAAGGCCCCAGCUGUGGCUCCAAAGUUCGGAGGGAGGACAGUGACGUCUUCAUCUGCUUCACUGGCGCAAAAGAUCAACCAGAACCUGAAUCAGAACCAAACAACUCCCCCAAUGAACAGUUCACCAAAACCUCCUCCUCCCACAGCCACCAUCUCAUUCCCUCCAGCGCCUGCAGCUCCACCUGCUCCUCCUGCUCCACCAAAUAACAUGGCUGCUCCUCCUGCACCUUUUUUUAAGAGUCCUGUUAAUGCAAACCAAAACCUCCCUGCUGCUGUGCCUCUUCCUCAACCAAAGUCCAUGGCAUCUCCUCCAUCCUCCUUCAGCCAGCCAAUGAAAACAAGCCCUUCGUCGACGCCGUCACCUCCUGGCCCAGUUUCCAUUCCCGGCGGUGGCGUCCCCCUAAAUAUGAAAGAAGUGGAGGAACUGGAGAAAAUGACACAGGACUUCAUGAAAAACAUGGACAAACAAGCCCCCAUCAUCACCUCCCCUCCUACAGAGGUUUGUGGGAAGUGUGGAGAGGCUCUGUCCCGCACUCAGCCUGCUGUGAGGGCCAUGGAUAAGCUCUUCCACUCCAAUUGCUUCUGUUGCAUGAGCUGCCAUCGCCCCCUGCAGGGCAUGCAGUUCUACGACAGGGAUGGCUCACCGCAAUGUGAAGACUGUUACGUGAGUUCCCUGGCUAUCUGCUCCAGAUGUGGGGAGAGAAUCACUGACCGUGUCCUCAAGGCCGUGGGACAGUGCUUCCAUGCCCAUUGUUUCCGCUGCAGCACCUGCUCCUGCGUUCUGGAGGGCGCGCCAUUUAUCACUGAUGACAACAACAAUCCCUACUGUGUCCAGGAUUACCACAGACGUUUCUCUCCUCUGUGUGUGAGCUGCAAUGAACCCAUUAUUCCAGCCCCAGGGAGCGAGGAAACGGUCAGAGUGGUGGCCCUCGACAAAAACUUCCACCUGAAGUGUUACCGCUGUGAGGACUGUGCUCGCCCUCUCUCCAUUGAGGCGGAUGAAAACGGCUGUUAUCCACUGGAUGGAAAGAUCCUGUGCAUGAAGUGCCACACCAAGCGAGCCAAGCAGGCCGCGCAGUGAUUGGCUGCUGACGCAUCUCUCAGUUAAACUACGAACCAAAUCGCAAAGCACAGGAUUAAUUCAGCUACCGAUUUGCCUUUGCAACAGGGCUUUGUUCUUGAUGUUCACAGGUGUGUUUGUCUCUGUGAGAAUGUAUUGCAUCGUUUAAAAAAAAAAAAAAAGUAUGUUUGCAUGCAGAUUUAGUGUAGUAUCCUCUUGUCUUUGACCACUUUUUCCAGUGCAGAGGUAAUGUACUGCACUGAAUUAAAUACCCUUGUGUAUUAUUGCAUAUUUGCAAAGCUCCAGGCAUCCAGCUAGCUUUUCUUGUGUAUAUACUACAGCGUAGUUUAAUGUGCCAAAUCAAUGUUUACGCUACAAUUACAGCAGAACUUGCACAAGAGCCAUCUGAUAAAUCUAGAGUUGCCUUUCUCUGUCUCUUUCCUGAAAAUUGUAAAUAAGACCAAGAACGGAGAUGUUUUUUUUUAUUUUAACACCUUCAGUUGGUUACUUUUCCCAUUUCUAUCCAACUGUAUUAGUUCCACGACCAAUUUAAGAGAUGCACGGAUUUACAAUCUCCUGUGUUUGUAAACUUUUGCUAAUCCUGACUUUAGCCAAUUCUGAGUUCUCUUCCUAAAAGCUGUGAUUACCAGAAUUCAAAGUAAUUUUCUAAAACCUUCCUGUUGUGACUGGUUGUAAUUUGUUUAUAUUGGGAGCAGACCUGAUGUCACAGUUGGCGAGAAAAAGCAGUUCUCGUAAAGUCAGAUUUUAUUUAUAUAACUACAGAUAGGAUGAUUGGCGAUCACACUCGCUGUGAGCACCUGUAGCAUGGUUACCUUUACUACAUCUCUGAUUAUUCUUUUGAAAAUCUAGAUCUUAAACUUAAUUCUGCCAUUGUGUAGGAUUGUUCCUAAGAAUAAAAAAA